GAGAUCCUCAGUCCGUCACGGGGUCGCGAGGGGUACGCACUGCUCUCGUCGGUUUCGCCCGUAGUGCCCGGGCUCGAACGUCGCAACGCGCGAAAAGCACGCGCCGCCGCGCCGCGUGAAAGUGCCCGCCGCACUGACAGUCCGCGCGCUCCUCGAUCUCUCUCCUCGCUGACGCGCGUCGCGAAAGAGUGUGGUGUGCAUGGUGAAAUGACGGCACCUUGUGGAUCACGAUAAUCGGACGGCGAUCGCGGGGUGACAGUGCGGGUGCCAGAAGGAAGGAAGGUCAGCACCGGUGAGCACUGCGGCACGAUAACCGGAGCUUGCGACGUACGCUACUGUCACUAAACGUUGACGAGGCAGAAAUGGCACGGCGGGAGUCUCGGUGAGGAAAGGGCGAGGGUGAAGCCCUCGCAGGAAAAGGGAGCUAUGGUGAAAAGCUUGGGUUUCCUCGCCAGAAGGGCACCACCUGCUGUCCACCUUUUCGUCGUUUUGCUCGCGCUCGCCCCCGCUUACCACGGCGUGGACCUCUCCCAAUGCAUCGCGCCGCUCGGCAUGGAGUCCGGGACGAUCCCGGACACGGAUAUCAACGCCAGUUCCAGCUUCGACACCGGAAACGUCGGACCCCACCUGGCACGAUUGAAAUCGGAGAACCUCGGUGGCGCCUGGUGUCCUAAGAACCAAAUCACCAAGGAAGCUCGAGAGUGGCUAGAGAUCGACCUUCAUACUAUCCACUUGAUCACGGCCACCGCUACCCAGGGCCGUUUCGGAAACGGCGUGGGUGUUGAAUUCGCAGAGGCGUAUCUGUUGGAGUACUGGAGGCCGCGACUGGGCAAAUGGGUUCGGUAUAGAGACAUCAAAGGAGAGGAGGUAAUACAGGGUAACACGAACACGUAUUUGGAGUCCAAGCACGAGCUGGAGCCGCCUCUGUGGGCGAGUAAGAUCCGUUUUCUACCCUACAGCUAUCACAGGCGGACGGUUUGCAUGCGGGUCGAGCUCUACGGGUGUUACUGGAGCGACGGCGUGGUGUCCUACUCGAUGCCCCAGGGCGAUAAAAGGGGCAAUGGAUGGGAAUUCUUCGACGCGAUCUACGACGGGCACUGGGACGGCGAGCUGCGCCGUGGCCUGGGUCAGCUGACGGACGGCAAGAAGGGGCCUGAUAAUUUCAAAAUGUACUACGAUAACGAUCGCGCCCAGGGCUGGGUGGGCUGGAGGAACGAUAGCCGCGGCCAACCGGUCGAGAUCAAGUUCGAGUUCGACAAAGUCAGGGAAUUCUCCGCCGUCCAUAUUUACUGCAAUAACGAAUUCACCCGAGGCGUCCAGAUUUUUUCACAAGUUGACAUACUCUUCAGUAUUGGCGGGAAAUACUACACAGGGGAACCUAUUACCUACACGUACAUGGAGGACAAGAUCUUCGAGACUUCUCGCAACAUCACGAUCAAACUUCAUCACCGAGUUGGAAAAUUCAUUAAGCUGAGACUCCAUUUCUCGGAUCGAUGGAUCAUGGUCAGCGAAGUAACCUUCGAUUCUGAUGUGGCACAUGGUAACUUCACGCCUGAGGAAGCCCCGACCACCGAAUCACCUAUCCAGAGUGACGUCUUCGUCGAGAAAAACGGCGCCGCCGAGGGCGAGCUCCCUGUUUCGACGGCGAAGCAUGACGACCCCACGUACAUGGCGAUCGUGAUCGGCGUACUGACCGCCGUAAUACUUUCACUCGCCGUGGCGAUAUUUCUGAUUGUUUCGCGACACAGGCAACGCAAGUGCUUCGCCAGUCCUAUGACCGGCAAAGCCCCUUCGCAUUUAGGUUCCACCUGCGCCACCGUGGAGAAAGGCGCGGCUCUCAUGGCGUACACCUUGGAGGACGACGAAAGAUACGCAGGCGGUUCCCUGCCGACUUUGCCGCGCGACCUCGGAAAUCGUCUCCUAGACAUCGUGAAGUUGGACGACUACCAAGAGCCGUAUCAGGCGCUAAAGUACGCGCCAUACUAUAGCUACAGCACCGUCGUUAUGGAGAUGAAAGACAUGAUGCUGAACAACAAGAGCACCAACAUCAAUCACUCAGCGGUGUACGCGAACGGUGCAGUUGACACGUCGUACGAUUAUGCGGUACCGGAACUCGGCACGGUGCCCCUGCUCAAUCAGGAUGCUGGUGCCGGCCGCGGGGCGACCGUUUCCAGUGCCACCGGCGAUCAGGAUACUUUCUUCUCCAAGAGUUCGCGGGGCACGAAGACCGAGGACAAGAAGUCGCCGACUCAACAGGAGGUACUCUCGGCCCUGAAGAGACGUCUGGAGCAGACCAGCGUACCGCUCUUCCCACGGCAUCGCCUUCGCAUGCUCUCCAAGCUCGCCGAAGGCGCCUUCGGAACGGUAUACGUGGCGGAAGCUGAAGGGAUUCCGGAAUACGGAACGACGACUACCCUUGGCAAGCGGCUCGUCGCCGUCAAGUUUUUACUGCCGGAAGCCAGCGAAAAGGAAAAGUUGGACUUCCAAAGGGACGUGAGAAUUCUAGCUGCUCUGGAAGAUCGCAAUAUCGCUCGGGUCCUGGGCGCCUGUUACCGCGAGGAACCGUACUGCGUGGUGAUGGAAUAUCUGGAACACGGGGAUCUCUGUCAGUUCCUCAAGACGCAUAUCACUGCCGAGGACGCGCAUUCCAUGCCAAUUGGCGUCAAGACACUCAGUUUCAACUGUCUCAUCUACAUGGCGGCGCAGAUCGCGUCGGGCAUGCGGUAUCUGGAGAACCUGAACUUCGUUCAUCGGGAUCUGGCUACUAGAAACUGUUUGGUCGGUAAGGCUUAUCAUAUCAAAAUCUCGGACUUUGGCACGGACAACGAGCUGUACUCCUGCGAUUACUACAAGGUAGACGGAACCAUGCCGUUGCCGGUACGAUGGAUGGCCUGGGAAUCAAUAUUUUUGGGGAAAUACACGACCAAGAGCGACGUGUGGGCUUUCGCAGUCACCCUCUGGGAGAUUUUGAAUCUCGGCAGACGUGUCCCCUACGAGCACCUGUCCGACGAGGAAGUGGUGCAGAGCCUGCGGCAACUGCAUCACGCCGCUGACUGCAGCAACGCCAAUCCCGAAGAUAGUUGCAAGGAGGAUUCCGGAAACGGCUUCGAUUACUUGCCGCGGCCCACCGCCUCCUCCAAGGACAUCUACGAUCUGAUGCUCGAGUGCUGGCAGCGAGAGGAGACCGAGAGACCGACUUUCCGUGAGAUAUCGCUCUUUCUGCAGCGGAAAAAUCUUGGAUACGCUCCAACAUCCUGAUAUUGAGCCCCAAAUUUCAACGAGCGCGACGUUCUUAAUAGUUAUACCGCGAAUCGGAGCAGUUCGCUCGUUUCCAAAACGAAACGACGAGUGUGCGAUGACGGUCAACGUUCUCAUCCGAGAAGCUGCAAGGACGAGCGAAUAAUGGUCAAGCGAGAGGGAGGAAUUGACUGACGAGAGAAGAAGGCGACGAGUCGCAGACGGGAGGGUAGUUACGUAUCGCGACAUCGAAAUGAUAAGUACAACAAUGGAAUUUUAUUGUCGGGCAACGAAAUGAAGCUUUGGAACUUGGGAGUCUACUGACAGGAAUCGAUCGUCCUUCAAUUCACGUGUACUUUUUUUCGGACAACGACUAUUAGCGGACAAGAAAUAAAGUUAGAAAUAGAUAGAAGAGCUAUAAGUGCGGGUCGAAUCUUUGAGAAUCUUAUGAUACCGGUCGAUUUGUGUCGUUCGCGGGUAGUUGAAGGUAUCGUGUGCCGCGAAUACAACUGAUCUCCGCAGAAUGAUCUUCAGUAACGAGACUGUUCGAGCAUAUCUUAUCGAUUUAGAGAUCGAUCAUGACAAACACGUACGGUAUCGUAUCUCGACGCACGAAGUUAUCUAUGUAAACAUAUGACUCUUUUACGAAGAAAAGCGCAAGAACGGAAAAGCGAAUUUUUGAACACGACAAUCGGACGAGAGCGAAAUAGAAACUUGCCCGUCGUAGAUGAUCGCUCGGCGAAGAAUUUCCGAGGUUGUUUGAAGGAGAUUGGACGUUUGUGAGGCCCGCGACACCGAGGAGGAUCCUCUCCGUCGAUCGUCGGGUAUUUAGGAGCAAUACCAUAUAAUUGUAAUACAGCUGUGAACAUUCCUGCACGGAUGGGUACCUAUACUUGCGCAAUUAGGUAAUUACGCAAAUAGGAAGAGUCGUUACGUAAGGAGAAUAGUUAGGAAUAGUUUCCCUCGGGAUUAUAUCAUUUUGAUUAAGGGUUCGAUGAGAAAUGUAUGAAUCACAUUGACGUACGGUAAUGUAGCAGCUACGAUAACUAGACGCUACGACAACUGCUCGAGUUAUCGUGAAGCAUUAUAACUGAGUGUAUUUUAUGAACGUAUGGGUGCCUACCUCCCCCCUUUCUCUUUAUCACUCUCCUUUACUCUCUUUCAACGUGUAUUGUAUCGUCCGGACCCUCUCUGGGCCUAUUUGUGAACGCGAAUCUACAUGUAAUUUACGUCGCGAAAUCCUUUAUCGUCAUAAGACAUAUCGUGAAAUGAUUAUCGUGAUGCAACGACGCAUCAAUGACGAAUUAUCUGAUAGCGAAUAAGUUGAAUGUCUUUUUAACGCUACUUUUGGUUCGUAUCUCAAACGGAGAUCUGUGUGAAAUGUAAUACACGCGAGAAUACUAAAUAACUUCAGAAGCAGUCAGGUGACUGUAAAGAUUUCUCGAUAGUACAUGUUUAUUCGAACGAUGUAACUAACCGCAAUCACAGUUAACGUGAAUGGGAUUCGUUAAUGUCGUAACUAGACGAAUAUCAUUGUAAGCGUAAGAUAGACACGAAGGGUACUCCGUUUUACCUAUUCUGCAUUGGAAGACGGUACUAGACUACGUAUCAUGACUAUGACACAUCAUAAUUGUAACUUUAUAUGAUAGGCGGGAUCAAUGAAAUUAGAAUAUUGUAUAUAUAUAUAGGCGUACCGUAGUAAGAGGCGCGUUGUCAUUACAUUUUUUCAAGAGUGACGGGUGAAAAUCGAAUUGACUCCGAGGUAUACGCUCGCUUUGGUAAUUUGGUAUCAACGUGGAAACGUAUGGCAAUUAUUUAGCUUCCGGUAAUUAUCCGUAGCGAGUGGUAAUAGGUUGACGAAAGCUUGACAUAUCGGAACGUACUUUCUUAUAAAAUUGAAAAAGAGAAUACACGCGCGGAGAACGGUCGUAAAUCAUUUUAUUAAACGCUUGGAAAUUAACGAAUUUACUCCGGCGUCUUCAGCGAUACACGACUUCGAUAAUAUAUUUCGAUCGACUUUAAGUUCCGUGUAUUUAUAUACCAGAUGGACACUAUAUUACAACUUAUGCGAUAUUUAGCGGAUAGGCGAUGUUACCGUUAUAUCAUUAAAAUACUAUUUAUAUAAAUUAACGUAAUACCGUGUAAGGAGUAGCGAUGGUACGGAGGCACAGCCAUACGUAGUUAAAAUAUAUGCGUUGAAUUUAAACGUAACUGGAAUUGCUUCUACAUCACCGAGAUAUCGAAAUCGUCUAAAGCGAGUGGAGAAUGCACCGGCUAAUGCGAAAUCGCGAAAUAUAAAUUUACGAGGUAAUAGAAAUAGGCAAUACCAAUUUUCGAUCUUGCCAGAGGUGAAUAAUAAAUAGCCAGUCGAUUAAGUCUAACGGCGUUAAGUCUAAUUUUACAUUUUGCAUAAGGGGAGUACCGGAUCAACAGACAUAUAAUUUCGUGCUGUCGCGAAAUUUUUGGCCAAUCGAUUUUUCGCAUGCGGUUGUGACUGAGUUGAAACAAUAAUAUAUACCUAUCGUCGGUACGUUUUUAGUCCAAAGCAGACUGCCAUUAUAUUUCUAGAUGAUAAUAGAGAAUGAAUUGUAGUUGCGUUUAGAUUCGCCAAUAUAAGCAUAACGCUGCCUUUGGCUAUAUUGUUGCCCUUUACUGCUAACGAGUAACUUACUUGUCUACUCAUGUGAUAAUUUAGUAUAUUUCUACGUAUCUACCUGUACCUACCAAUUCGAAAAUCUUCAUGGCGAAAGGAUUAUUCCAAUACACUUUGUUUUUAUUAUAAAUCAUAGUAGUUCAGAUAAAGUAUUAAUCAACUUGAAAUAAUUGUGAGGAAUGAUGAAAAACCUACGGAUCCUACGUUUAGGAUCUAGCAGCUUCACCAUAUAAAUCCAGUAGCUGCUCCGUAAUUUAUUAUUAGAAGUCAGAUGUUAGUGAAAUAGGAUAAUGUAAUAUGAGAUAAAACGUAAAGGAAAUAUGCGUAAUCCUUUCUCUAUGUAAAGAUUCGCUAUUAUCUAGAUAACUUACUUCUACCUAGCGUGCCCUUUUUUCAAUGAUGGUUGAUUAUAUUCUUUGCGAAUAAUUCGAGCUCUGUCAAUGGCAUCACUGAGGUAAAUGUUCGGAACUGCGGUAUCAGGGACGAGAGUAAAAAUAUUUUGUUCGAGCAUUUGUAAGAUAACGAAUACUAGAUCGUCAUAGUUUCAUUUUUUUAAGCCCUACGUAUCGAUAGACUCCGAUUUCAACAAUUAUUUUAAUUACAACGAUAUUUCCUUAUCGUUCGCUAUAUUACAUUGCUGAUUUCUUCGAUAUACAUUUUAAAUGCGUAUGAUUGACAAUCAUGCUUGCCUCGGAAAUUUAGAAAAUAUAUUUAGUAUCAAUCGCGACUUUUUUAACAUACAAUUAUAACUAACCGAAUUGACAUUUUGUAAUAAUUUAAGAUGUUUAGUUAGCAUUCCCAUCAUAAAAAUUCAUGAUAUGGUAUCUAUGUCAGAAUUAAGUGCUUUAUCUGCUAAUUUUGUAAUAUUUCUAAUUUUUGUGCUCAAGUAGUUUAGCAGAAAAUUGCGAUUAAAAGUGGAGAUACUGGCUUAACAUUAAAUCAGCAUUAUAAUUAUUUAUAAAAUCAAAAAGUUAAUACAGCAGAGUCAAAUGGUUUUUAUGUGCUUUCAAGAUCAUUUAACAAAACAUAUUUAUGAUUUAUUCUAUUAAAUAUAUCUAUGAUAUAUUAAUUCUAUUAAAUAAUCUUGAAAGUACAUAAAAAGUACUUCUGCUAUAUUAAUUUUUUAAUUUUAUAAAUAAUUAAAAUGAGAGGUGCCGUUAAGUCAGCAACUUCACUUUCAAUCGCGAUUUUCUAUUAAACCGCCCGAGCUCAAAAAUUAAAAAUAUAGUACAUAAUUAACACAUAAAAAGCAUUUAAUUUUGACACAGAUAUCAUUUAGAAUUCUUGUGAUGGGGGUACUAACUUAACAGAUAUUAAUUUAAGACAUCAUCAUGAUCUUCAUCGUUAACCCCAAUUCUCAAAAACAAAUACAAUUUUAUUAGCGCGAUAAAAUAUUAGGUUUUUUAAAUGUAACAGUCGAAUAAUAUGCUAACUGAGAUAUAAUUUCAAUUGCAAUGUUUUGCAGGACGGAGAUUACAACGGACAUUAUAAUUCCAUUAAUAAUGGAUAACUUCAUAACGAUAUGCAUCAAUAUCAUGAUUAAUGUCAUGCAUUCGCGUAUUGUAUACGAUCAUUAUGCUUAAUUUGGAAGUUAUUUCAGAUGAACUUAAACUGCAUCGUACAAAAUGGUAUAUCAUUAUAAUUAAAAAAAGACAUCGCGGCAAUGAAAUUAAUGUACAAUCGUUGAAUAAAUUUUUUCUUUCGUACACAAGCGAAAUAUAAUUUCGAUAUACUCUAUUGUUGACCUCUAUGGCGGAAUUGCGAGGAAUUUACAGGUAAUCGUGGGUAAACUGGGGGAGAGCUCAUCUAGUUGUAUUUUCUAUCUAGGUAGGGGCAACGCACGGCCACGUUUUGCACUAUGGUUUUAGAAUAUUAUCUUUUUAAAAAAUUAUCCGGAGGACGAAACUUUUUCGGGAUUGAUAAAAAAAAAUUCAUCGGUCUCUAAUAAGAUGGGAACUGACACAGCGAAACUGACCAUUGGCCACGAUGAGUUGCCCAUGCCUGUUCUACGCUAUCGAACCUUGAUCGUUAUAGUCAUAAAAUUAUUUUGUACUAAGAACUGUUUAUAAUUUUGUAUCUAAUCUCUGUAAAUAUCAAGCAGAUUGUCUAUGAGUAAUAAAGCUUGAACAAACUCGAUUUAAGUAGACUAUAAAUAUAUAAACGGGGAAAAAGUAUAUAUAUAUAUAAAUAUAAAUAUAUAUAAAUACAGGUAUUUAUAAUACAUCUAUAUUUUAUUUAGUCGUAAGGCAGCGAGAGCGAAGAGAUGUAAGUAAAUUUCGCGUAAGCGCGUAUCGGUAACAUAACAAGGUACAACGAUCUAGGAAUUAUUUGUAUUAUAAAGACAAUUAAGGGACAAAUCAUAAAAGUAUACAUGUUACUCAGUAGCCGUGUAUAUAUAUACAUAUAAUAUUAUACAUCUAGAAUCUACCUAGUCAUGUACGCGACACUUUAACAAUUAAAGUGUAUCCCUGACAACAAAUGCAAAAUACAACAUGUGCUGUUCUUUGACUAUUCUUG